UUCGUCGACGGUCGUACGUAGUAUUUUCACGAUUCAUUGAAAAUUUUCAUUCAUUGUUUUGCAAUUUGCAAUGUGAUUCUAUCCAAUUAUUAUUUUUGUGAAUUUUAAUUUUUGUGUGAAUGUCGCGUAGUUUCUGUGAAGUGAUCUUAUGACGUGAUAUUUAUUUACUUAUCGAUUGUAUUUAAAUGACCCAAACCAGCCAACUAGAAGACUGACUAUGCAACUAAGCCACAUUCCACAAAAAAGCAUGCGCACGAACAAGUGACAAUAUGGCAGCACCAGCGAUACGGCAAGAGGAGGUGAGCGAUGAGGCGCAGGAGAAGUUGUUGGUUACACCUGCCAUCCAGGAUGAAGGUCUACUAUCUGUCAAGUCUUCAAAGAAAGUAAAACUACCCGAAGAUGAAGAGGGAAAAGUCGGACGUUUUACGAUCGGGCCGGCUCCCGAACGGGAUUGGGAGAUGGUGCCACCAGACGGCAGAUGGGGAUGGUUCGUGCUAGUAGGUGCGACGCUGGUGAAUAUCCUCAUCCCGGGAACGAUUAAGUCAUUCGGAGUGCUUCUAGUUGAGUUCAACGACGUGUUCCAUUCGAGUGCCUCUGCUACAUCAGGGAUAGUAGCUUUAUGCUACUUCUUGUACAGUAGUCUGGGACCAUUAUCGUCAGUUUUGUCUGUAAAAUGGUCGUAUCGGACAGUUACUUUAAUUGGAGGCAGUUUUGCAGCCUUCGGAAUGAUAUUCAGCAGUAUGGCGUAUUCAGUAGGUUAUUUGUAUAUUAGUUUUGGCGCCAUGGUGGGUACAGGAGCGGGGCUGGCCUUCCCCCCCACAGUGUACAUUGUGACGUCGUAUUUCGUUCGUCUCCGCGGAUUAGCCAACGGAAUUUGUAUGUCUGGUUCUGCGUUUGGCAGUAUCAUACUGCCACCAGCAUUGAGAUACUUAUUGGAGACCUAUGGAUAUCAGGGUACAGUGCUGAUUCUUGGUGGUAUUAUGCUAAAUGUGUGGGCUGCUGCGUUACUCUUUCAACCGGUGGAAGAGCACAUGGUGAAGAAAUUCAAGGAACCCGAAGAGGAUGAAGAAGGGCCGCAGGACGACAUAUUAAUCGAAGAAGAAGAACCAAUUGAGACGUUCAAUCUGCGCACAGAAAAACAAAAUGGCGAACCCGACUUAAGCAAGGACACCUCUGAGAGAACCCUUUCACAAGUCCAAAUACACACGCCACGCACAAACUCCACACAAAAUCUGCGUUCCAACGCUUCCAAACGAAAACUUUCGUACACUCGUCCCAUUCCAAAACCCACCAGUUCUGCUUCCAUGGCCCUAGAUGGCGUACCCGAUAGCAGGAAACUCGGCUCCACUGAGACCUUCAGCAGACGGCUUAGCACCACCAAAAGGAACAUGUCCACCACCAGUUUCGCAUACGUCUCCACACCCUUCCACGGUUCCACCUUGUCAGCUUUCGAUCAGCCCAACGAAUUCGCCUCACAAUUUUCCCUCAAAUCCAUAACAGAUAGCGUGGCAGAUGUGGCGUACUGCUGCUUCUGCUGCAAGCAGAAGAAACGGAAGGAGCCAAAUAAAUUUUUUGACAUUUCCCUUCUAAGUGAUCCGACGUAUUUAGUUAUUUUGAUUUCUAGCAGCACAGUCGCCAUUUCCGUCACGAAUUUUAUCAUCCUCCUACCCUCAUACGCGCAAAACAUCGGUUUCGAUAAGUCGCAGGGCGCGUUGUUGCUCAGUACGGUGUCGGCGCUCGACUUGAUCGGACGUAUCGGCGGCUCCGCGUUGUGCGACCUCAAUAUUAUACCGAAAACCGUGUAUUUUGUUGGCGGUCUAUUUUUUUCCGGUAUUAUAUUAACGAUUAUACCGUUUUUACAUUCCUAUACAACGCUGAGUAUUUUCUGCGCACUAUUCGGUUUGACUUCGGGUGUGAAUAAUGGAGUUACGACUUUGGUAAUGGCCGAGAUUUUGGGGGUGGAUCGGCUAAUGUCGACUUACGGUAUUAGUUUGUUCGUCAACGGUCUACUGCAGCUGAUAGGUCCGCCGGUCUGUGGUCUAUGGUUCGAGCACGAUAAAAACUUUGUCAAUAUGUUCGUUACCUUUGGGUUUAUUUUCAUAGCGGGGUCGUCUCUAUGGUUGUUUAUGCCAAUAAUUAAUAGACGUAAAAAGAAAAUGGAGGGCCAACACGUAUAGCGUACAAAUUAGUUUUAAGGUCUUUUUAUAUUAUUAGCUCUAUGAAAAUUUACGCGCAAAUUUAUUUAGCACAAUUUUGAAUUAUAUCUAUUAAGAUAUGUACGAAUUUAUAAAAUUUAUUCAAUGUAUUCGUUUACAUCGAGGCUUGAAUUACUUUUUGCCAAAAAAUACUUUUAUAGCGGAUCACGUGACAUCCGCAAAAUGAAAUGGGAACCGCCAAGCGUGGAAUUAGGGGUCGACGCUUGGCGCGAACUAUGACUCGUAUGUCAAAACCUUGGAUUUGACAAUCGGAAGUCAUACUUAGCGCUAAGUAUCGACUCCGAAUAUCAACAUGUGAGUUACCUUUGUGUAUCCUAAGGUAGUGAUGUGGAACUUUAUUUAAUCAAACGAAUUUUUAACAAGUAUUUUAAAUAUAGUUACCUUUUCUAGUUUUAAAGCGAGUUACUUUAUAUAAAAACUCAAUUAUUUUUAUAAGAUAGAACCUUUAAACUUAUACGGGACACGCAAAACAGACAAUUGCAAGUAGAUAUUUCGUUAAAAUGAUAAAAUCCUUAUAAAUUUUUAAUUCAAGUAUCAAAAUUCAUCAGUCCUUAUAAGUUUCAAUAUUUUAUCAUAAUUAAAUCUCUGACUAGAUCAAAAAUUCUUUUUUACAGUAUAAACCCGUGAAUCAUGAAAUUAUUUCACCAAUAUUUUACAAAAAUCUUACGUCAAGUGUCAAAAGUUAGUUAAACUUAACACAUCUAAUGCUGUCUUGACGCAAGCAAAUUUAAAUAAUUUCUUUUACACAGAUAAAGGCGAAUUAACGUUUUGACGUUUCGAGUGCCAAUUCCGGUUACACGAAGCUGUCUUUAUCUAUUAUCGCCCGAACCCAAUAAUCGACAAUUGAAAACAAUCUGAGAUCAGACCAUGACAGUCGAUCAAUUUCCUAUCUGCAUCCCAAUAACCAAACCCUACGAAGAUAAUUUUGGCGACGGAUAUAAUGCAACCUCUUCGUUCUUUACUUUCAUAUUUGAUAAUAAUCAAUAUAAACCAAAAAAAGUAAAUAAAACCGUACAAAUAAUAUUAAAAUAAACAUGUCUAUGUUUAAAAUAUAUCUAAUAGCUUUUUAAUUUAAAAAAAACUGGUGUAAGUUUAAAUCAUGCGAUAGGAUAUUGGCACAGUUGAAUUUUCACUUUCAUACAAAUUUCUAUCCACAUACACCGACCUACCAUGGAUAGCUUAUAUCGACAGAUGGCUAUUAAUUCGUCGAUUGGUUUUUGGGACACUUUUAUUAAUAUUUGGAUUAAGUCUAUUUCAGAUGGUCAAAAUUGGAUUGAGAUCGGUUAUUGGGUUUGGCCGCAUUCCUAUUAGUAUUUUUUACGAGAGAUGUGAGUAAGCAAUGUAUACAUACUUGUUACAGCACUAUGUAUGUUACUAAUUAAGUGAUUUGUAUUGUUAUGUAAAUAAAUAUUUUGAUAUUUU